CCCGCCGCGCGUGCUCGCCACGCGAUUGGCCUUUGGAGAGUGGCGACCAGCCGACCACAAAGGGUGGUGCGCUUCGCCUGAGCCGCUCGCCGCAUUCGUCUUUCCAAUCGAGCCAGUCAACUGAGACACAGGCCGCCGCCAACCAAAGCUUGGGGCAGGGAGCGGAGCCCUCAGCCGAUCGCAGAUCACCGAGGCGCCGCCGCGGGGUUUGAGUGCCCGCAAGGAAGGAUGCAGUCGCUACAGGACAAGGCGUCGGAGUGGAGCGGCGUGGCGGCAAGCGACGCCUUCGCCAUCGACGAGGGCAACGCUUUCGAGGAGCUCGGCGGCACCCCGCAGCCUUUCGUCGACCUCUCCACCAACUUCUACACCAGGGUUUAUGAGGACGAGGAGGAGUGGUUCCGGGAGAUAUUCUCGGGGUCGCAGAAGGAGGACGCCAUCCGGAACCAGUACGAGUUCUUGGUGCAGCGGAUGGGCGGCCCGCCGCUCUUCUCCCAGAGGAGAGGCCAUCCUGCCUUGAUAGGACGACAUCGACCAUUCCCAGUAACCCACCGAGCUGCAGAGCGAUGGCUACACCACAUGCAGCAAGCUCUGGAGACUACUGAAAGCAUAAACCCUGAUAUAAAAACCAAAAUGAUGAAUUUUUUCAGGCACACUGCAUACUUCCUUGUUGCGGGUAACGAGCUGACAAGGCAAGCCCAAGCAGUACCACCGUGCAAACAUGCAACGAGCAAACCAGCCGUGUAACCGUUCGAGCUCAACCAGUUAAUAAUAAUUCAGCUGCUGUGCUUCUGUAGAAGUCCCAUGUAUAAUGGGAGUUAAGCUACAUUCAUAGGUACUAUAGAAUUCCCCAUGUACAAUGGGAUCCCAGCUACAUUCAAAGAAACUGUAGAAUUCCCAUGUAGAACAGGAUCCAUGCCAUCUAUGCAUUUACCGAAACGACGACACUGACUGUUGUAGGUGCAUAAGCCACUCUCUAGCAGAGAGCAUCUCAAAAUGGAUAAAAUUGCCUACUCAGUUUAUUCGAUCUUCUGUC